GCGGCGGCGGCGGCUUUGCCAGGGGUCCUGCUGGUCUCCUAGGGUUUGGCCGACGGGAGGCAGGGAGCCUCGUCCCUCUUGCCCAGGGGGUGCCUGGGCUUCCUCUUGAUUGCGGGCUUUCUUUGCCAAGCCCUCCUCGCGAGCAGGCAGCCGCCCCCCCCCCCAAGCCCACCAACAGUAGCGGGGCGACUUCGCGACGAGGGCUCAGCCGCGAGAGCCCCGAGGGCGCGGCCAGCAUCUUUCCCGCCCUUCGGCCGAGGCAGGCAGGCAGGCAGGCGUGGCCGCAGGCGGCGAAGCGAGGUCGGCGUCGCCCCCGGCUGAGCCCAGCCCCAUAUAACGGCCCCCCCGGGCGGCUUCCCUCCACCCCGGACCGAGCGCGCGACGAGAGCACCACCAUGCCCAAGUGUCCCCGCUGCCAGAAGGAGGUCUACUUCGCUGAGAAAGUCACCUCUCUGGGGAAGGACUGGCAUCGGCCAUGUUUGAAGUGUGAAAAAUGCAACAAGACCCUUACUUCAGGUGGUCAUGCGGAGCACGAUGGGAAGCCUUAUUGCAACCACCCAUGCUACGCUGCACUGUUUGGACCCAAAGGGUUUGGCCGUGGAGGUGCUGAGAGCCACACCUUCAAAUGAAGCUCAGGGUUUGAAAGAUGUGGUUUGCUGUGAAUCAUGGCCGCUCUGAAAGUAGCAUAACCACAACGUGUUCCACUUGUACUGAGCUAGCAUAUUAUAAAUGUUCUCUGAAGGUAUAUAAUUCUAAAUGGCCAAGAUAUUUUCUGCUUCAUUUCCAUUGUGAAGUUGUGGAGUGGAAAGCAAGAAAUUUUGCUAAUCAUAGGCAACGCUGAGAGCUUGCUGGCAGUAAGUUCCAGCUUAAAAAAAGAGAACGAACCCUGCUUUGGAUCCUGAUGAUUUUGUCCCUGUAAUAAAAGUUUGAAUUAAAAAGGUUUUUUGUCAAGA